AUGUCUAGUGGAAACGAAGGAGUAUCCCAUCCCAUGAACUUUGAACAGAUGAUGGAGCAAAUGGAGAGGCGUUUCCAACGCAUGCUAGAACCCAUUCAAGAUGAGUUGCUGCAACUCCGAGCGUCUGGAACACCAAAAACCUCUAAGUCCAUGCGAAGGCGAAGGGACGUGGAGGAGUCGUCCGAUGGUUCCAAUAAUGAUGAUGAUGAUGAGGAACCUCGAAUUCGACCAAGGCAAAGGAACCAGACUGGACCUACCGAUGUAUUCAAGGGAAUCAAGAUGCAAAUCCCUGAGUUCAAAGGACGGUCCGAUCCCGAGGCCUUUCUCGAAUGGUUAUCCAAGAUCGAAAUGGUCUUUUCUUGCCAGAACUACACCGAGGUGCAAAAGGUGCAAUUGGCCACCAUGGAAUUCACUGAGUACGCUGUGGUUUGGUGGGACCAAAUCAAGAAGUCUAGAAGGAGAAAUGGGCUACCUGAGCUCAUUCCAUGGCCCGAGCUUCGAGCCAUGAUGCGCACCCGCUUUGUACCUGGACAUUACACUAGGGAUUUGUACCACCGGUUACAAACCUUAGUCCAGGGCAACCGGAGUGUGGAUGAGUACCACAAGGAGAUGGAGAUCCUGAUACUUAGAGCGGAUGUACAGGAGGAUCCUGAAGCCACCAUGGCGAGAUUCUUGAGCGGGUUACGACCCGAUAUUGCUGAACGAGUGGAACUUCAACAUUAUAUGGAGUUGCAUGAGCUUGUAGACAAGGCUAUUAAGGUCGAGCAAAGGCUCAAGAGGAGGGGUACCACUCGAUCGAAUUUCGGCAAUACCACCUACUCUACCAACCGCCCAUUCCAACCAAGGAAUGAUUCUCGGCCUUCACCAAAUGCUCCUACACCAAAGCCGAGAUUCGAGGGAGGUAAGGUGGGCAACCCUAGUAUUAGUAAGCCGCCCUCUUCUACUCCAAAAUUUGAGGAGCCUAGGGUACAAACUAGAGCUCGUGAUACUCGAUGCUUCAAAUGCCAAGGUAGAGGCCAUAUUGCUAGUCAAUGUCCCAAUCAAAGGACUAUGAUUAUGAUGCAAAAUGGUGAGAUCGUGAGUGAGGACGAAGCCGAGUACGAAGGCAUACUACCUCUUGACGGAGGUAGUGAUGGGGAAUCACCAAAUGAAGAGGAGUUUAGUGCACCCGAGGGUCAUUUUGGGACUGCAUUGGUUGCAAGGAGAGCAUUAACUGCACGUGUUAAGGAGGACGAGCUUCAACGGGAGAACAUCUUCUACACCAGGUGCUUCGUCAACCAAGCACUUUGUAGUGUGAUUAUUGAUAGUGGGAGCUGCACAAAUGUAGCUAGUUCACUCAUGGUGGACAACUUGAAGUUGCCUACAAGGGAUCACCCGCGACCCUACAAACUCCAAUGGCUCAACAACUCUGGGGAGGUUCGAGUAACCAAGCAGGUUCUUAUAUCCUUCCAAAUCCAUAAAUAUUCUGAUGAAGUAUUAUGUGAUGUAGUUCCUAUGCAGGCUAGUCACAUUAUACUAGGUAGGCCUUGGCAGUUUGACAGACAGGUGACUUUUGAUGGUGUGACUAAUAAGUAUAGUUUCUUGUACAACAGUAAGAAAGUCACACUAGCUCCCCUUUCCCCCAAACAAGUGCAUGAGGACCAAUUGAAAUUGCAACAAGAGUUUGAGAAGUAUAGUGCAAAAAGGAAAGAAAAUGAGAGAGCCGAGGCAAAAAAGGAGAGGAAAAAGGCUAUAGAUAGCUCGGCAAGUGAGGUAAAAAUCGAGGGAAAACAAAUGCUCCUGAUAAAAGCCAAGAAAGUGAGGAAGUUAAUGAGAGAUGAGCAGCCACUUCUUAUGCUUGUUAGCAAGGAAGUAGCUCUGAAUGUGCAUGAACUUGAUACUGAUAUACCUCUCGAGGUUAAGUCUCUUUUACAGGAGUACGCUGAUGUCUUCCCCGAGGACGUGCCAAGUGGAUUGCCACCACUUAGGGGCAUUGAACAUCAAAUUGACUUCAUCCCUGGAGCUUCAUUGCCAAAUCGCCCAGCUUACAAGAGCAACCCGGAGGAGACUAAGGAGUUGCAAAGGCAAGUGGACGAGUUGCUUGGCAAAGGAUGGGCACGUGAGAGUUUAAGCCCGUGUGCUGUUCCAGUCAUUCUGGUGCCCAAGAAAGAUGGUACGUGGAGAAUGUGCACCGAUUGUAGAGCCGUAAAUGCCAUCACGGUAAAGUAUCGCCACCCUAUACCUCGCUUAGAUGACAUGCUUGAUGAGUUACAUGGGGCUGUGUUCUUUACCAAAAUUGAUCUCAAAAGUGGGUACCAUCAAAUUAGGAUUAAGGAGGGGGAUGAAUGGAAAACUGCCUUCAAGACUAAGUAUGGAUUGUAUGAGUGGUUAGUAAUGCCUCUUGGGCUAACUAAUGCACCUAGUACCUUCAUGAGGUUAAUGAAUCAUGUUCUGCGUCCAUUCUUAGGAAAAUUUGUGGUAGUUUACUUUGAUGAUAUCUUAAUUUAUAGCAAGUCUUAUGAUGAGCAUCUAGAGCAUAUUAGGGCUGUUAUGGAUGUACUUCGAAGAGAGAAGCUCUAUGCCAAUCUCAAGAAGUGCAAUUUUUGCACUAACGAGCUUGUGUUCCUAGGGUUUGUUAUAAAUGCGUAG